UGGCUAACACAUAAGCUAACGGGCUAACCGCAGCGGUGGGUGAAAAUAUCAGGAUCCGCUGGUCAAACGAAGCGCCUCGUCGGUCACUUUUAGAAACGGAAUUGACAAUGGGUAAAGGUGGAGGCACUUUUGAGAGGCUUCUAGAUAAAGCAACCAGUCAGCUGCUUCUGGAGACUGACUGGGAGUCUAUUCUUCAGAUCUGUGAUCUCAUUCGGCAAGGAGACACACAAGCUAAAUAUGCUAUUGCUGCCAUUAAGAAGAAACUGAAUGACAAAAAUCCCCAUGUGGCGCUCUAUGGACUUGAGGUUCUGGAGUCGGUGGUGAAGAACUGCGGUCAGACGAUCCACGAUGAGGUCGCAAGUAAACAAACCAUGGAAGAACUGAAGGAUCUAUUUAAGAAACAGACAGAACCAAAUGUCAGAAACAAGAUUCUUUACUUGAUCCAAGCCUGGGCUCAUGCUUUCCGAAACGAACCCAAAUACAAGGUGGUUCAAGACACCUACCAGAUCUUAAAAGUGGAAGGUCAUGUAUUUCCUGAGUUUAAGGAGAGUGAUGCCAUGUUUGCAGCUGAGAGAGCCCCUGACUGGGUUGACGCUGAGGAGUGUCACAGGUGCAGAGUUCAGUUUGGAGUAAUGACCAGAAAGCACCAUUGUCGAGCCUGUGGGCAGAUUUUCUGUGGGAAAUGUUCAUCUAAGUACUCCACCAUUCCAAAGUUUGGCAUCGAGAAGGAAGUGCGUGUUUGUGAGCCCUGCUUUGAGCAGCUAAACAACCACCCCUCCCUCUCUCCUCCACUUAGGAAAGCCGAAGGUAAAGCCCCUUCCUCCUCCUCCUCAAGCUCGACUGACCUGCCUCCAGAGUAUCUGACCAGCCCACUGUCCCAACAGUCUCAGAUGCCUCCAAAGAGAGAUGAAGCAGCUCUGCAGGAGGAGGAGGAGCUGCAGCUGGCUAUUGCUCUUUCCCAAAGCGAGGCAGAAGAGAAGGAGAGAAUGAGACAUAAGAACUCAUACUCGAUGUAUCCCAAAGCUGAUCCUACCCCAGUGACCUCCUCAGCACCUCCAGUCAGCACUCUUUACACUUCUCCAGUGAACUCCUCUGCUCCGUCUGCCGAAGAAGUAGACCCUGAGUUGGCGCGCUACCUGAAUAGAACGUACUGGGAAAAGAAGCAGGAAGACGCUCGGAAGAGUCCCACCCCCUCAGCUCCUGCUCCCGUGUCACUGGCUGAGCCCCUUCCACCAAUCAGCCAGCCUGUUGAGAGUCACGUCCCUGUCCAGCCCGUCAGCAUAGUCGAGCAACCAUACCAGAACGGCGAGUCGGAGGAGAACCACGAGCAGUUUCUCAAGGCUCUGCAGAACGCUGUUACUACGUUCCUCAACCGCAUGAAGAGCAACCACAUGCGUGGACGCAGCAUUACCAACGACAGCGCUGUGCUGUCCCUCUUCCAGUCCAUCAACAACAUGCAUCCUCAGCUGCUGGACAUCCUGAACCAGCUGGACGAAAAGCGAUUGUACUAUGAGGGGCUGCAGGACAAGUUAGCGCAGGUGCGCGACGCCCGGGCCGCCCUCAACGCGCUCCGUGACGAACACAGGGAGAAGCUGCGCAGAGCUGCAGAGGAGGCAGAGAGGCAAAGGCAGAUCCAGCUGGCACAGAAGUUGGAGAUCAUGAGGCAGAAAAAGCAGGAGUACCUGGAGAUGCAGAGGCAGCUGGCCAUUCAGCGCCUCCAGGAGCAGGAGAAGGAGAGGCAGAUGCGUUUGGAGCAGCAGAAACACACGAUCCAGAUGAGAGCCCAGAUGCCUGCUUUCUCUCUGCCUUAUGCCCAGAUGCAGUCUUUGCCUCCUAAUGUCGCUGGAGGGGUGGUAUACCAGCCUGGUGGUCCACCCAGCUACCCUGGCACCUUCAGCCCCGCUGGUUCUGUGGAGGGCUCGCCUAUGCACAAUAUGUACAUGAAUCAGCCGGGGCAGGUUGCACCGGGACAGUACCAGGCCAUGCCCCCUGCUCCCACAGAUCCCAACAUGGUAAGUGCAUAUAUGUACCAGCCUGCAGGCACCAACGGACAGCCUCCUCCAGGCCAGGCCCCGCCCACAACCAGCCCACCCUACUCCAACUAUCAGCCCACGCCCACUCAGGCCUACCAGAAUGUGGUCUCCCAAGCCCAAAGCAUCCCCCCCAUGUCGCAGGCGGCUCCCACCAACGGGAUGGGCUACAUGAGUUACCAACCAUAUAACAUGCAGAACAUGAUCUCAGCGUUGCCAGGGCAGGACCCCAACAUGGCCCCACAACAGCCCUACAUGCCGGGACAGCAACCCAUGUACCAGCAGGUUGCUCCCCCUGGUGGCCCACCGCAGCAGCAACAGCAACCCCAGGCACAACAGCAGGUCCCUCAUGCGGUUCCUGGCAGUGCAGAGGCACAGCUCAUCUCCUUCGACUGAAAGCUCCCACACUGCAGAGUUUCACACACUACACCUUCUCUCUUCCUUUAACACCCCUUUCCUGGACUCAGAUUUUUCCCUUUGGAAAUAUAAACUAAAUUCCCACCUUCCACCUUGCUGUGAUGUUGUGGCAAAGUGAAAUGUUGUGAUGAUGUUGCAGAACUGCUGCUCUCCUUGCCUCUUCCCCCCAUGAAGUGAGGGGAAUAUGGGGGUAAAGCUGCUACGGAGAGCCCCAAAACCCACAACCCCCAUCUUCUGUCAUCUUUCGGCUGAUGUGUAUGUAGUAUUUCUUUAUUAAACGAAUAACUGAAGCGCAAAAAUAAUAAUCAGUCGUGUUCAAGAUAACAUGAAUAAGAAAAUAUGAUACUAUUUAGAAAAAAAAUAAGACGAGCCUCUUUUGUUUAAUAUUUUUCUAAAAUAAAUCAUUAGCACGUUGAAUUACGAUUUUCUGGAAUGGAAGUCGAAUAUUACAACUCGUUUUGUCAGCAACCGAGGAAACAUCUGUCUGUGGUGAUAAAGAAGCUGUGGAUCAAGUGAGGGCUGUUUGAGUUUUGAAAGCUGGCCAUCAUCUGGUUUUCCAGGUGUCCCUCAUGGACACAAAUUUGGUUCCUUCUAUUUUGGGAUUUAUUUGUUUUGCGCAGUUUGGACUGUGGAGUGUCUGAAUAUAGUUUCUAAAAUCUAUAUUUAAAUGCAUUAAAGGGAUGCUAUAGAAAUGUUGUCUAACCCUCGUUGAAUAGCUCAAUAACUGCAUUUUACUGUUGGCUACCAACAAAUACUAAAAUCAGCCUGGAAACCUUAACCACGACAUGCAACUUUUUUUUAAUAAAAUGUCAGUUGUUGCCAAGUAAAACAUCACAUGGCUGAAAUAAGUGUAGAUUUAAUUCAUGGUCAUUCUGGUGUAAUAGAUGAGCUGCAAAGAAAGUUCAGGUGGGCACUCUUUUUCAAGUGUACUUGUUUGUUGUUUUUUUUUUUUAGAAAUAUGGAAAUGCUUAUAGAAUGAAAAUGUGCUGCAUGUAUGUAUCACACUUUCUGUAUCUCUUCAAUUUCCAUGUGUGAACUUCUUUAAUUCCAUCGUUCUGAUCUGACUUUAAAGUAAUUUUAAAGAUAUAUUUAAUAAACUUCAGAUUCUUACUGUC